UAGCGUGAGUACAUACUAGGUACUUUGUUAUCUAUAGACAUUACAUCGUUUUGUUUAAUUGUCAUUUGUCAAUAAUUAUUGUCAAUCUUACAAAAAUUGUGUACGUUCUUGAGUGUUUGCAUAUUGUUAUUUUAAAUUUCCAUUUGUUUUGAAAUGAAGUGACGAUAUAUAGAGUAAAAUUACAAUAUGCCACCUACGGUGCAAACAAAUGAACCCGAAAGGGAGAAGCGUCCACAGAGAACAGGAGAAAGGAGGUCUGAGCUCGUAACACGCGUGAAGUACUGCAACACACUUCCAGACAUACCAUUUGAUCUGAAAUUCAUCACAUACCCGUUUCCGUCUACACGUUUCAUACAAUACAAUCCGACAUCACUAGAGAAGAAUUACCGCUAUGAAGUAUUAACAGAACACGACCUGGGUGUCCAUAUAGAUUUGAUAAAUCGUGAUAUAUACCAAGGGGAUGGUAAUGCGGUGUUGGAUCCUGCUGACGAGAAGCUUCUAGAAGAUGACGUGCUCACGCCUCAGGACUCGAAGCGGUCGCGUCAUCACGCCAAAAAUGUGUCGUGGUUGCGACGCUCGGAGUACAUCUCCACUGAGCAGACCAGAUUUCAACCUCAGACUAUGGAGAAGGUUGAAGCGAAAGUUGGUUACAAUGUCAAGAAGAUAUUCAGUGAGGAGACUCUAUACAUGGACCGUGAGAGUCAGAUUAAGGCCAUUGAAAAGACCUUUGAUGACAAUAAGAAGACCAUAGAGAAACAUUACAGCAAGCCCGGCAUCACUCCUGUGGAGGUCAUGCCAAUCUUCCCUGACUUUGACAUGUGGAAAUACCCAUGCGCCCAGGUUAUAUUUGACACUGAUCCUGCGCCAGCUGAUAAGAACUUUGCUGGACAGAUCGAAGCCAUGUCUCAGGCUAUGAUUCGUGGUGUGAUGGACGAAAGCGGUGAACAGUUUGUGGCCUACUGCCUGCCAACAGAGGAUACUAUACAGAAACGGCGACGCGAUGUGGCCGAGGGCAUUCCAUACAUGGACGGAGACACAUAUGAGUACAAGAUGGCCAGGGAGUACAACUGGAACGUCAAGAGUAAAGCUUCUAAAGGUUAUGAAGAGAAUUACUUUUUGGUGGUGCGCAACCAUACGGUGUACUACAACGAGUUGGAGACCCGCGUGCGGCUGUCGAAGCGACGCGCGCGUGCUGGUGCUGCGGCGCAGGCGCUCACGCGGCUCGUGGUGACGCACCGUCCGCUCAGCGCGCCCGAGCACCGCAUGCUGCGCCUCAGGGAGAAACAGCUCGAGCCACACCAGGAAGAGGAUGAAGAAGAGGAAGAAGACGAUGACGACGAAGAGAAGCAGAAUGGGAAGAAAGACAGGUCCAAUUCACGAUCGAAGUCCCGAUCAAAGUCACCGCAAGGCUCGGACAGGUCGAAAGGUUCGAAGUCAAGGUCGAGGUCGGGAUCGCGGGCGAGGUCAAGGUCACGCUCGAAGUCCAAGUCAAGGAGCAGGUCACGUUCCGCCUCCGGGUCUAGGAAGUCUAGAUCAAGAUCUGGUUCGGCGCAGUCUGGAUCUGCCAGAUCUGGGUCGGAGCGUUCUCGGUCCCGUUCGAAGUCCGGUUCGCGGGCAUCGUCUCGCGCGUCUUCCCGCGCUAGUUCCAGGAGUGGGAAGGGGUCGCGGGCCAGCUCCAGAAGCGGCAAAGGAUCGCGGGCCAGCUCAGCCAGUAGGGGCUCCAGGGCCAGCUCUAAGGCGAGCGAGAAGGGUUCAAGAGCCAGUUCAAAGGCGAGUUCCCGUGCCUCAUCCCGGGCGAGCAAGCGCUCAUCACGGGCCUCGUCGCGGGCUUCCCGCGCCUCUUCCAAGGCCUCCGGCUCUAAAGCGUCUUCCAGGGCCAGUUCCAGGCGGAACUCGGGUUCGGGCAGUGGAUCAGAUAGAUCUAGGAGUAGAUCUGCUAGUGGAUCUCGGCAGUCUCGAAGCGGCUCAGCGUCGAGUGCAUCGUCACGGCGCAGCGGUUCGGACUGAAGCUAUAGUUUCUGACCUGCCUUACAAAUCAUUGUUCGCGUCGUAUAACUGUACCACUCUGAAGUUAGCCUCAUACGCGCUCUUUGCAUCUUCACUAGUUUCUAGUCAAACCAGAAAUAAGAUGCCUCCCUCCAUGAUCAACAGAGGCUUCACAGAAUAUCUAACAAAAAUAUUUGCUUCCUAGAGACUCUCUUUCUCCUUUUAAAUAAAUAAAUAAAUUGAAGCAGUCGCCUCUAUGACGGUUGUUGUGUACGAUUGUUUGUAUUGACAUAGGUAAAGUGUGGUCUCCAUAAGAUUCUUGUAUCUUACAGUACUGCUCAUGACUAACUUCAAGGCGGCAAAGUUAUAUGACAUGAACUAUACACAAGUGUGACGUAUCCAAUGUAAAGUGUUAUUUUAAUAUACGCGUUACAGAUAA